AUGGUGCAGCAAACCAACAACGCCGAGAACACGGAAGCGCUGCUGGCCGGCGAGAGCUCGGACUCGGGCGCCGGCCUCGAGCUGGGCAUCGCCUCCUCCCCCACUCCCGGCUCCACCGCGUCCACGGGCGGCAAGGCAGAUGACCCGAGCUGGUGCAAGACGCCCAGCGGGCACAUCAAGCGGCCCAUGAACGCCUUCAUGGUCUGGUCGCAGAUCGAGCGGCGCAAGAUCAUGGAGCAGUCGCCGGACAUGCACAACGCCGAGAUCUCCAAGCGACUGGGCAAACGCUGGAAGCUGCUCAAAGAUAGCGACAAGAUCCCUUUCAUUCGGGAGGCGGAGCGGCUGCGCCUCAAGCACAUGGCUGACUAUCCCGACUACAAGUACCGGCCCAGGAAGAAGGUGAAAUCUGGCAACGCCAACUCCGGCUCCUCGGCCGCCACUGCCUCCAAGCCUGGAGAGAAGGGAGACAAGGUCUGUGGCAGCGGCGGGGGCAGCCACGGGGGCGGCGGUGGCGGGAGCAGCAACGCGGGGGGAGGAGGCGGCGGCGCGAGCAGCGGCGGCGCCAACUCCAAACCGGCGCUGAAAAAGAGCUGCGGCUCCAAAGUGGCGGGCGGCGCAGGCGGCGGGGUCAGCAAACCGCACGCCAAGCUGAUCCUAACGGGCGGCGGCAAAGCGACCGCCACCUCCAGCGCCUUCGUGGCCUCUGAGCAGGCGGGGGCCGCCGCCCUGCUGCCGUUGAGCGCCGCCGCUGCCGCCGCCGACCACCACUCUCUGUACAAGGCGCGGACUCCCAGCGCCUCGGCCUCGGCGUCCUCUGCCGCCGCCCUCGCCGCCCCGGCCAAGCACCUGGCCGAGAAGAAGGUGAAGCGCGUCUAUCUGUUCGGCGGCCUGGGCGCGUCAUCGUCGCCCGUCGGCGGCGUGGGCGCGGGUGCUGACCCCAGCGACCCCCUGGGCCUGUACGAGGAGGGGGGCGCGGGCUGCUCGCCCGACGGGCCGAGCCUCAGCGGCCGCAGCAGCACAGCCUCUUCUCCGGCCGCCGGCCGCUCGCCCGCUGACCACCGCAGCUACGCCAGCCUGCGCGCCGCCUCGCCCGCCCCGUCCAGCGCGCCCUCGCACGCGUCCUCCUCGGCCUCAUCGCACUCCUCCUCCUCCUCGGCCGCCUCGUCGUCGGGCUCCUCGUCUUCCGACGACGAGUUCGAAGACGACCUGCUCGACCUGCACCCCAGCUCAAACUUUGAGAGCAUGUCCCUGGGCAGUUUCAGCUCGUCGUCGGCGCUGGACCGGGACCUGGAUUUUAACUUGGAGCCCGGCUCCGGCUCGCACUUCGAGUUCCCGGACUACUGCACGCCGGAGGUGAGCGAGAUGAUCUCGGGAGACUGGCUCGAGUCCAGCAUCUCCAACCUGGUCUUCACCUACUGA